UUUGUUUUGUUUUUCUCGUUCGCGUGGUGAUUUAACAAAUGGAACAGUUGGAAGAUUCUGCCCCGGAGGAUGAGAAUGUGUUCCACUUCGAGUCGGAGCACCUGGCGCUACGUGGCAAUGAGUGCUAUGCCAGCUUGCUGCGCACCAUUGCAGUGCUGCAAGCCCAACGAAUUCGCGUUCACCAGCAGAUUGACGAGCUAGAAGCGUCUCGGAAAAUGUACUUGAACAAUCCGCAGCUAUUGCUGGACAAACUGAGCAGCAACGAACCGCUGAUAUCGGACAACUAUAUAGCCAUAGCCCCUUUGCCAGAGCUACCCACACUGAUGGCAAAGGCGGUGGAUGGAGGGGAAGUAGAUUUCAAGUUGCCCACAAGUCAGAUGGCAUCAUACACUCCUCAAUCCUCCUUGCCGCCUUCCCCUGAGACGUCGAACGUCAGCAGCAGCGAACGGUCGACCAAACACCAAAACCGCCUGUGGACCAACGAGGAGCAGAGACAUUUGGAGCAGCUGCUAAUUAAGUAUCCGCCGGAGGAGGUGGAAAGUCGACGCUUUGCAAAGAUAGCCAAGGCCCUGGGUAAUCGGACAACGCAGCAGGUGUUUAGCCGCAUUCAGAAGUACUUCCAGAAGCUUCACGAAGCUGGAAUGCCUGUGCCCGGUCGCCUGCCAAAAUAUCGUCGAACAACCCACACUAAGCCCAAGUUCAAUAUACGCCGAUCAACGUUUUUUCCUGCCCAGAACAUAUCGCUGCAAAUGCCCGAGGACGAUAUGACACUGGACGAGCUGCGUGGUCUGUCUCCCGCUGGUUCUUUGUCGCCGGCAGCGCCACGAGUCAAGCUGGAACCCAAGGCCGAGACCGAUAGCCUGGAUGGUGAGCUGGAUAAGGAGGCCAAACGUAAGGAGCAGCUGCGUCUGAAACUACUGACGGCAGUGCUCGAGGAGAAGCAGCAAAUCGAGGCUGGCUACAAUCCCGAUCCGCUGGCGCCCAAGUGCGCCGAGUGUGAGGCGGCGUCUGUGACGAGGACAAACUGGCGCUGUGACAGUUGCUAUUGCCACUUAAAUUUAUGCGGCGAUUGCCUGGCCGGCCAGUUGAUCGAGGAACGCUUCGAGCAUCUGGGCCAUGAAGUGGUUGUCGAUGAGGAUUCAUAGCAACUGACUUGGGCAAUGCCUGCAACCGCUGGCGCCGCUUGGCCUCGAACUCCGU